AUGGCAGGCCCACGACCCGAGAGCAAGGACGACUUCCUGCAGAAGCUCGGCGAGAAGGUUUCGGAUUCACAACAUGCGGACUUCACGAUCGUCAAUUGUGGACUGGAGUACAAAGUGCACAAGCUCGUUCUUGGUCUGCAUUCCAACUACUUCGAUCGGCUCUUCAAGAGUCGCUUCAUGGAAGCUCGCCACAACCGCGUUGUACUUGAGGAGGAUCCGAAGAUGGCUGUCAAGUACAUGAUCGAUUACUUCUACAAGUUCGACUACGAGGUCGACGUCUCCGAUGUGCCGUUUGACUACGAGCUAUGGGUCUCGUCACACGACCAAAGCUACCGAUCCGAUCUCAUCAGCAGAAUUGCCUCGGACGAUGUUUCAAAGCCCCCGUAUGCAGCUCUAGAGUCUGCACUCGAAGCCCAUGCCUUCGUGUACACGCUCGCCGACAAGUACGACAUUCCCAACCUCAAAGUCCUCGCCAAGGAGAAGUUCCGCGACGAAGCCUUUUACUGCACUGGGAGCCUCGAAACGCUACAUUUGUUUCUGAAGAUCGUGCCGUUCGUGUACGAGCACACUGCGCCGGGCGAGACAGGCCUCCGAUCGUGCAUCGUUGAGGCCUGGCGUGAGAAGGCCGACUGGGUCAAUGGAGAUCUUGGUGAUCAGAACCUACGCGACCUGAUCGAGAGACUUCCGGAUCUCGGUACGGACCUCUUCACGAGCAUGGUGGAGGUUCAUCAGCCACCAAGUAAGACGGGAGGCUGGCGUGCGCGGCGACGUGGUCAGCCUACUGGGACCUCAAUGCGAGGAGGGCUCGUGAACAGUCGUGGCUAUCUACGCCCAUAG